AUGUUCAGCAUGCUCGGUCGAUUCUCAUUCUGCGUGCCAACGCGGCAUUCUCUGGUUUUCUCAAAACCUGGAAACCUGCGGAGGCUUUCGUCUAUUUCUCUCCAUUCCACGCUUCCUACGACCGCGUACCGGCUGCAGCUCUUCCCCAAAUCAAACCUUUCAGCCUUCAAAAAGGAUGAGGACUCGAACAGCAACGAGCGGGCUUUAGUAUCCGAUGAUGGUCUGGUAUAUCCGAGAGUAUGGGACAAAAAGCCAAGUGCGCACUCAUUCAGCAUCGUUUUGGAGAGUACUGAGAUUGGUUUCCUGGGCAGAAGCAAGCGGGCCUAUUUUCAUGCCCAACACUAUCCUAAUGCAAGAUUUGACGAGACUUGCAUUCGACCGGCAUCUAGAAGAGGACGAAACGAGAAAGCCAGUCUUGAUCAGUCUGAAGAAGGGUAUAUGCCUAAACCAUACUCCCACGGCCACCGCUUACAUCGCUACUCAGGGACACUUUUGCCGGCGCCGCUGAUCGCCUUUUCUUUCGAUCCUUCCAAGUUUUCACUCCAACCACUGCACCCGAUCGAAUUAUCCAAACUGAACAGCGUGCUCGAUGAGCUUUAUUCGACAGAGGCAACUAUCUUUGAUGCUGAAGAGUGGUUUGACCAAAAUCCGUUCCACGAUGCUGAACCAGACGUAUAUGACCUCUAG